AUGCAGGGCAUCGCGGACCUCGAGCGGGGCCAGGCUGCGCACGGUCCGUCCAGUGGCCCGAACAAAAGGAAGCCCGGGUGCGCCGUGCUGUGCGUGGGCGUCCUGGUGGUCAUCGCGGGCAAGGCCGUGGUGGCGCGCAGGGCGGCGGCGGAGUUCCCUCCCGGGGUGAUACCUGAACAAAAGCAGUGCGAAGGGCUUGAGUGCUUCGUGCCGGCUCCGAAGCGCCUUCCCGAGCCGCAAACGCAGAAGCGUCGCCUCGGCCGGGGCCUGAGUCGCGCGCUGAAGCAGGCGACGACAGUCAUGGUUUCUAUAUCUGUCGAGUUCGUGGCCGAAUCGGAGGCCUUCGCGGCCGCCAUCGCGGUCGAGGCGCGCGACUCCUUCUCCGGCGCCGUCCUCGCCCGCGACGCCGCCGCCGUGCCCGCCGCCGUCGCCACCACAUCAGGCAACACAUCCCCCCGCACCGCCACCACGUCAGUCGCACUGGCCAACGUCGCCGCCUGCGGCUCCGCCGUCGACGUCGUGCUCACCGCGGCCGCGACCAGCGCGCCCUCCAGCGCCGGCUCCGGCGCCGUGAUCGCGCGCCAGGAGCUCUUCGUGUCCUGUCAGGGGGGGGUGUCCGCUCCCGCGACCGUCCCCGCGGCGCUCGCGACCCGCGUCGGGGCUACCGCCGCGACCGCAGCCUUCUCCGAGUGCUACGACGGGUCGCCGUGCCCCGUCGCGGCCUCAGGCGCCACCAUGACGCUCCUCUCGGGCUCGAACGUCGGCACCGACACAACGUCCGCACCGGGCGCCUGGGGCGCGGUCACCGCGGACGCGCAGGGCGGCGCGGUGCUCCCGACGUUCUCGACGGCGUCGCUGCGGCUGGUCCUGCCCACGGGGCUCGCCGCGCCGACGCAUCUCGCGCAGCCCGUCGCUAUGCCGCGCCAGCAGCCGUUUGGGUCGUUCGCGCCUGCAGUGACCGUUUCGCCGCCGCUGACGGCGCGUGCGCUCUGCGACGGCAGCGCAGCGGCGCCGAGGACGCUCGCCGUGAGCGCGGACGGCUCCGGGGCCGUCGUGCCCGCCGCCGUGGACGCCAUCGACGCCAAUAGUCCCCCGGUGUACGUUCCGGGUAUGACAUGCGUGUGGCGCGUGGACGCGUCGCAGCACAGGCCGGACGCGGCGCGCAGCACGGUGUGGGCGAUCGACGGGCGCGGGCUGGCGCAGGGCGCGUCGGUCACGAUGCGUGCGGACGGGGCGUCCGCGGCCGCUGUCAGUGUGCAGGCGGGCAGCGGCGCAGAGGUGCGGUACGCCGACGCCGCGGGCGUGGCAACGGUGCUGACGUUCGAGGCGGCGGCGGGCGCGGCGGUGGGGAACGGCUUCGCGGCGGCUGCGCGGCGGGGGUCGCUGACGACGACGGUGACCACUGAGGAAAUCGCACAGUCGACGUGGGGGGGCGGGCGUGUGGCGAUCCUGGUCUGCCUGAUCGCGGCCGGGCUGUCGUACGCGUUCGCGGCGGUGAUCGGGUGGCGGCACUGGAAGCGCAACACGCGCUGGCGCCGCCUGGAGCGAGACAACGACUGGGAAGCGCAGCUACAUAUGUUUUUUGCGAACUUCCAGUACGAGGUCGAUUAUGGACAAGAGGGCCCCGAGGGCGACGCCGAAGCGAAGCGGCAGGGCCUGUCGGACCGCCAGGUUGCUUUCCUGCUGGAUCCAGCCAUCCAGGACGCGCUCGGCGCGACGUCACUCCCCCGCAUCGCUGCGCAGUAUAAACCGCGAGAGCCCCCCGGGGUGGUCGGGAAGGCGGUGUCGGCGGCGGCGGCGGCGGUCGGGAAGCCGGGCGGAGGCAAGCCGGGCGACGAGGACGACGCGGACGACGAGGACGACGACCUUGCGUGCACUAUCUGUUUGGAUGAAAUUUCAGAGCUGAAAGAGGCUGUGGAAAAGGGCUCGUGGCAGGCGUGCAGCGCCGCGGCGCGCUGCCGCAAGGAGGUGGCCUUGAAGGCGCGCGACGUGGAGCAGGGCAGCCGCGGGGCCCAGGGCGACUUGCACGUGCCGUCAAAUACCGAGCAGGCUUCUCAGAGGUCGUUCACGGACCAGGCGGCCUUGCUGGGCGGAGACGGCGCGGGGGAGUCGGCCAGCGGCGCCGCGAUGUCCGCGCCGCAGCUGGACGGGCCCGCGGGGCAAGACGGCGGCGGGGAGGCGGCAGUCAGCACGCGCGGCGGCAACGGCGCGGACCGGAAAGCUGACGCGCAGGCGCGGGAGGCGGCGAAGAUGGACGAGUCGCUGGUGUGGCUGACGUGCGGGCACGCGUUCCAUCGGCGCUGCAUCGUGAUGUGGAUGCGCAAGAUGGCGGUUUGUCCGUUAUGCAAGGAUGACGUCCGGAAGGGCAUUCAAAGUCAGGGGUACGUGCCCACGGCGGAGGAGAUGCUGCGCGCGGAGCAGGCUGGCGCCUGGCGGCUCGCGGCGCGGGACGCGGCGGGCAGCGCGCGCUCCGUGGGCGACGGGGUGCCGAAAACACCGCUGCGUGGUGUGCCGGGGUCCUUCGGGGAGGUGGGGAGCUGGCGAGAGCACCCGGGCAGCGCGAGCGCGCAGGAGAGCUGGCGGGCUACAGCGGGGACGUCCCGCGCCGAGAGCGCCCGCGUGGGGGGCCCGAGGGUGCCGCGUUCGGUACUCACCGUCGGAGUCAGGGGGGGGGGUGUCAGCGAGCCUGCCGUCGUGAUGACGGACGCCGCGAACACCCCGGCGUCGCCGGACGUCGGAACCUGGCGGGUUCUGACAUCGGUCGGCUCCCGCGGCGAGGGCGACGCCAGCGCGCCCGCGUUGGUGCACCAAGGCAGCAUUGAGGAUCGUCCAGGCAGCCGUGGGGAGCCGGCAGCGGUCUGGUCGCCCGUGGCGCCGCGGAGGCAGGCGGCGCCAAGCAGCCGCCCGCCCGGCACGUGGCGCACGGCGUCGCAGAGGGACAGGGAGUCGUUGUUGCGUGGUAUGAGUUCGACUCUGUUGGAUGUCAAUGCUGCCGAUUUCGAGGACCCUGACAGCGACAGCGACGCGCCGGCGUCGCGCAGCGCGGUGCGCGUGAGCACCUCGCUGAUGCCCGUCGAGGAGGGGGACUCGGUCGGCGACAGCGAGGACCUGGCGAGCAGGCGCAAUACGUCAGACCAGGUGGCAGAACACCCCCCGCGGCCGUCGAACGCGCCGCGGGCGAGCACGACGCUGAUGCGCGUCACGACGGCGUCGUCGGCCCGCGACAGCGACGAGGGCGAGCGCGGGCCGGAGCGCAGCGUGCUGACGGGAACCGCCAGCGCGACGCACUUGUCGCUUGUCGUCGCCACCACGGUCGCUCCGUCCUCGACCGCGUCGCUCGACGACUCCAGGUCGCAGCCCUGGCGCGCCAGCGAGGGCGUGAGCGUGCUGGACGAUCGUGGCGGCGCCGCGCCGCGGCUGGAGGGUCGCGCAGAUGCGGUGUCGACAGAUGACGCGGCGCGGCGCGACGGCGCCCCGUGGAGGGCGUCGGAGCCGCCCGGCACGCAGGACGCGGACUGGCGGCGGUCGCUGGGCGCCGCCAGCACCACGCAGCUGCGCGUGAUCGCCGAGGAUGACGAAAUCACACCACUCCCCCCGGGACCUAUUCAGGACUCCCCGGAGACCCCCCCCCGCGCCGACGCACAGGACGCGCCGCGCGAGGCGCCGCCCGUACCAUCGGACAGCGCCGCCGCGCCCAGCUCGGCCGCUCCGAACGGCGCUGCUGCCGCGCAGGGCGACGCGAGUGCGCACGCCACGUACGGAGCGACCGCGCGGUCGUCGGUGCCCCCGGAGCCAGGGGCGUGGCGCCGCUCCACGGAGCCAGUCGCGAGCAAACCACCUGUCAAGUCCUGGCGCGAGGUGGCCCGGAAGGAGGCCGCCGCGCCGCAGGAGGAGGUGCCACCGUCGCCACCAGAUAUUCUGCCGCCGCCGCAGGGGCGGCGGCGGCGGCGUUCGCUGGGCCCGCCGGACGAGGCUGGGGAGAUCGUGCCGCACGUGCCGGCGGCGCCGCGGCCGAAGUGGGCGCGGGCGCCGGAGGUGAAGAACACGAAGACCAAGGAGGCUGAUAGACCUAGAAACAGGUCUGAGAAUGCAUCGGAGGAGACGGCGGGUGCGCAGGGGGGCGCUGCGGGGGCGCAGCCGGCGUGGAAGGCGUUCGUGGUGAAGACGACGACGGCCCCGCAGGUGUGGGCGGGGAAACGCGGUGGCGAAUGA